GUGCCGCCCUCCUGGAAAGGGCGGGGUGGUGGUUUGCCUGACGGACCGGGUACGGGUGCCGGGCGGGCUCUCACGGAAGUCCAUGCGCCAUUGGGAGGGCCGCAGUGGCUUCUCCGUGUCCUUGUUGCCCAGGGCCUUUUCCUGGGUCAUUCCUGGAGCAGGGGCCGGACUGGGACUGACACCCGGCUCCCGCGUGGCCGUCUCAGCGCCUGUGUGACCUCCUCGCUGGAGGGAUGUGGCGUCUACGCCGGGCCGCCGUGGCCUGCGAGGUCUGCCAAUCCUUAGUGAAACACAGCUCUGGAAUAAAAGGAAGCGUACCACUGCAAAAAGUGCAUCUGGUUUCACGAAGUAUUUAUCAUUCACGUCAUCCUACCUUAAAGCUUCAAAGACCCCAAUUCAGGGCAUCAUUUCAUCAGUUUUCCUCUCUGACUAACCUCCCUUUACGCAAACUGAAACUUUCUCCAAUUAAAUAUGGCUACCAGCCCCGCAGGAAUUUUUGGCCGGCAAGAUUAGCUGCAAGACUCUUAAAACUUCGAUAUCUCAUACUGGGAUCUGCUGUUGGGGGUGGCUAUACAGCCAAAAAGACUUUUGAUCAAUGGAAAGAUAUGAUACCAGACCUAAGUGACUAUAAAUGGAUUGUGCCUGACAUUGUUUGGGAGAUUGAUGAGUAUAUUGAUUUAGAGAAAAUUAGAAAAGCCCUUCCUAAUUCAGAGGACCUUGCAAAGUUGGCUCCUGACUUUGACAAGAUUGUUGAAAGCCUCAGCCUGUUGAAGGACUUUUUCACCACAGGUCACAAAUUGGUUAGUGAAAUCAUAGGAGCUUCUGACCUACUUCUCUUGUUAGGUUCAUCUGGAGAAACCACGUUUAGAGCAACAGAUCAUGGACCUGAAAGUGACAAGCAUUAUAGAAAGGGUCUGCUUGGUGAGCUCAUUCUCUUACAACAGCAAAUUCAAGAACAUGAAGAGGAAGCACGCAGAACUGCUGGCCAAUAUAGCACGAGCUAUGCCCAACCGAAGCGCAAGGUGUCAGACAAAGAGAAAAUUGACCAACUUCAAGAAGAACUUCUGCAUACCCAGUUAAAGUACCAGAGAAUCUUGGAACGGUUGGAAAAGGAGAACAAAGAAUUGAGAAAAAUAGUGCUGCAGAAGGAUGACAAAGGCAUCCAUCACAGAAACCUUAAGAAAUCCUUGAUUGACAUGUAUUCUGAAGUUCUUGAUGUUCUAUCUGAUUAUGAUGCCAGUUAUAACACACAAGAUCAUCUGCCAAGGGUUGUUGUAGUUGGAGAUCAGAGUGCUGGCAAAACUAGUGUGUUGGAAAUGAUUGCUCAAGCACGAAUAUUCCCACGAGGCUCUGGGGAGAUGAUGACACGUUCUCCAGUUAAGGUGACUCUGAGUGAAGGUCCUCACCAUGUGGCCUUGUUUAAAGAUAGUUCUCGAGAGUUUGAUCUUACCAAAGAGGAAGAUCUUGCAGCAUUAAGACAUGAAAUAGAACUUCGAAUGAGGAAAAAUGUGAAAGAAGGCUGUACUGUUAGCCCUGAGACCAUAUCCUUAAAUGUAAAAGGUCCUGGACUACAGAGGAUGGUGCUUGUUGACUUACCAGGUGUGAUUAAUACUGUGACAUCUGGCAUGGCUCCUGACACAAAGGAGACUAUUUUCAGUAUGAGCAAAGCUUAUAUGCAGAACCCUAAUGCCAUCAUCCUGUGUAUUCAAGAUGGAUCUGUGGAUGCUGAACGUAGCAUUGUUACAGACUUGGUCAGUCAAAUGGAUCCUCAUGGAAGAAGGACGAUAUUUGUUUUGACCAAAGUAGACCUGGCAGAGAAAAAUGUGACUAGUCCAAGCAGGAUUCAGCAGAUAAUUGAAGGAAAACUCUUCCCAAUGAAAGCUCUAGGUUAUUUUGCUGUUGUGACUGGAAAAGGAAACAGCUCUGAAAGCAUAGAAGCAAUAAGAGAAUACGAAGAAGAAUUUUUUCAGAAUUCAAAACUCCUAAAGGCAAGCAUGCUAAAGGCACACCAAGUGACUACAAGGAAUUUAAGCCUUGCUGUAUCAGACUGCUUCUGGAAAAUGGUACGAGAGUCAGUUGAACAACAGGCUGAUAGUUUUAAAGCAACACGUUUUAACCUUGAAACUGAGUGGAAGAAUAACUAUCCUCGCCUGCGAGAACUUGACCGGAACGAAUUAUUUGAAAAAGCUAAAAAUGAAAUCCUCGAUGAAGUUAUCAGUCUGAGCCAGGUUACACCAAAACAUUGGGAAGAAAUCCUUCAGCAGUCUUUGUGGGAAAGAGUAUCAACUCAUGUGAUUGAAAACAUCUACCUUCCAGCUGCACAGACCAUGAAUUCAGGGACUUUUAAUACCACAGUGGAUAUCAAGCUCAAACAGUGGACCGAUAAACAGCUUCCUAACAAAGCAGUAGAGGUUGCUUGGGAGACCCUACAAGAAGAGUUUUCCCGCUUCAUGACAGAACCAAAAGGAAAAGAGCAUGAUGACAUAUUUGAUAAACUGAAAGAGGCUGUGAAGGAAGAAAGUAUUAAACGUCAUAAGUGGAAUGAUUUUGCAGAGGACAGUUUGAGGGUUAUUCAACACAAUGCUUUAGAAGACCGGUCCAUAUCUGAUAAACAACAGUGGGAUGCAGCUAUUUAUUUCAUGGAAGAGGCUCUUCAGGCUCGUCUCAAGGACACUGAAAAUGCAAUUGAAAACAUGGUGGGUCCAGAUUGGAAAAAGAGGUGGUUAUACUGGAAGAAUCGGACCCAAGAACAGUGUGUUCACAAUGAAACCAAGAAUGAAUUGGAGAAGAUGUUGAAAUGUAAUGAGGAGCACCCAGCUUACCUUGCAAGUGAUGAGAUAACUACAGUCCGAAAGAACCUGGAAUCCCGAGGAGUAGAAGUCGAUCCAAGCUUGAUUAAGGAUACUUGGCACCAAGUUUAUAGAAGACAUUUCUUAAAAACAGCCCUAAACCACUGUAACCUUUGUCGAAGAGGCUUUUAUUACUACCAAAGGCAUUUUGUAGAUUCUGAGUUGGAAUGCAAUGAUGUUGUCCUGUUUUGGCGAAUACAGCGCAUGCUCGCAAUCACCGCAAAUACUUUACGGCAACAACUUACAAACACUGAAGUCAGACGAUUAGAGAAAAAUGUUAAAGAAGUAUUGGAAGAUUUUGCUGAAGACGGCGAGAAGAAGGUUAAGCUGCUCACUGGUAAACGAGUGCAGCUGGCCGAAGACCUCAAGAAAGUUAGAGAAAUUCAAGAAAAACUUGAUGCUUUCAUUGAAGCUCUUCAUCAGGAGAAAUAAAUUGUAAUAAAAUCCUACUCAUAAUGUCAUCACCUCUGCAUAUAUCUGAAGAAAGAAAACUCCAGAGUCUUUUGUCUUGCUUUUUUCCUUCUGCUAUCCCACCUUUCCAAACACAAAAUAAAGUCAUGGGAUAAAAAUCACGUAUGUGUUAGAGGCACUUUAACCACCAGCUGCCUUUUGAACAGAAGAGCAGGGGAAAUGGCAUUAACAUCCUAUUUAAUUGUAUUGAUGUGACAAGUUGGGAUGAUGUAAGUGGUGUGACCAUUAGGUCCAGUCCUUACAGAUGAGAGAAUUGCUCUCCUGUUGUCUUACUUGUGGUGGCACCAGUUCAACUAAUUCAUUAGCUGAUGUAACUCCAUGUCAGUUUCUUUUCCAGAAAAAAAAUGCUAGGUGUUUUGAAAUAAAAAACUUAGAGCAAUUUUCUAAAAGUAACAGCUGUAUAUAAAAUAUUGGUAACCCACUAAGUUGUCUUCUGUAUCUGUAAUGUUCUAUAUCCAGAAACUCUGUGGCCACGGUAAUUCAUUUUAUAUCCAUCACAUGGAAGAAAACUGACAAAAGAGCCCCUCAAAUAGAGUGAUUUGGAUUAUAACAACUCCACGUACGUUCAGCGAAAGAGAUUUCAACCCUUUGUUGACAGCUUGGAGAGUUGCCUGGCGGCGGAGUCACUAGAAGCUUACCUAUUGGAUUCAGUUGCUGUUUUUGCACUCUCUGCAUCCAUUUGAAAUUCAUUCAUUUUGGAUGUUGUAUACUUAAGCUAGGCUUUCUGUUAACAGUGGUUUUUUACCUGUUGACAGAGCGAUUGGAUUGAGACACUGGACAGGGAAGAUUAAGAAUAAUCAAUUGACUAAUUACAUUUAGACUAUUGUCAAACAUUUCAACUAGGCAUCAGGAAAAGGCUUUCUUUCAUAGGACUAUAUUUUAAGUAGAAAUUAUUUCAACAAUUAGAAUGAUGUUGGCCAUCCCCCUUAACUGAACGUUUAAAGAAAAAUAUAAAGUUUAAUUUAUUGCAGUUUAAUUAUAAUGAUACCCUCACAACAUUUUCAUGUUUUAUAUAAACAUUUUUUAUUGGCUAAAGGACUUUAAAGCAAAGAACUAUGCCAUUUUUUAUUUAAAAUGUCUUUCUCGUUUAACUCAGCUCUUUGCUGCCAUUUUGUUAAACCUUUAUUAUUCUAAUAAUAUGCCCAUGGUGUGACAGUUUUUAUUUACAGUUUACUUAAUUUUACAGUUUUCUUGGAAUUAUGUUUUGAUAAGAAUUCCUUGCCACGUGGCAUUUUUAAAAAAAAUUUAACAUUACUACAACCUUCCUUGUGAUCUACCUCUCUCAAGAUCUGACACUUAAUAGGCAAAUUUGAAGGAUAUCACAGAGUACUUCAGAAAUUGAGAGUCCAGUGAAUACUCGUUCUACACUGUUUAAUGAGAAAGGCAGGUCCAGCUUUCAGCAGCUGGGAGCAGGGUACAUUGUUACCUGGUAGAUGAGUGGUCAAGGACAUUUCCUGUCUUUUAGUUUUAGGGAUAGUGGGUGAGAAGAAAGGGGGCUCCCCAGUGAGAUGACCUCCUGGUAUCCUCCCUCUAGCCAGUGCUAGCCAGUAGGUAAACCCUGCACUGAAGCAGAUAUCAUGCAGUUAAUAAUUCUUCUGUAAUUGUUGAACACAACCGCUGUACAACUACAAGUCUAUUUCUGAAUCAAAAAGGAAAUAGGGCCAUAUUUAUUUCUAUGAGCUUGCAAUAGGAAAAAAUGCCCUCGGUUGCAUUUCCACUGAUUUCUCUUUUAUUACAUCCCUUUGUAUAAAUUUAAGAAAGGGGGGUGGGGUGUCUUUAUUUCCUUGAGGUCAGUAUUUGUAAUUUAAAUAGAUAAAUAGAUAAAAAUGAAUAUUAUUAAAAAUCCCAUAUAGGAGUCCAGACGUCUUCCCAUGCCCCUCGAUAAUAUCACAUCUCUCAUGGAUAAUAUAUAUUUUUCUUUUUUUCACUGAUCUCAUACUAAGCAUGCCUUUUUUUUUUUUUUAAACUAGGUACUUAUUAAAAGCAGAUGUUAAUAAAAGAAAAAAUAAAAUUCAGAUUCUCAACAGUACUCUGUGUUGUGUCUGCAGUUCAGAAAUUACAAAUGAUUCAGAUAUAAACAGAUCACUUCAGAAACUCAGUGUACAGAAGUUAAAUUCUAGCUAGACCAGGAAUUAUUUGUUUUUAAUGUCAGGAUUUGCAAAGAAUAGCGUGAACAAAGCUCUCUAUGGAAGACUGAACCAUGUAAAUAAAUUCUAUCUAAAUUUUACUCAGUCAGGGUAUUGAUUUAAUAAGCCAGUCUGUGGAGGCAGUACAGCAGGAAACAGGCUCUUGCUGCUUCAUGGUUGAACCAGCAGAGCUGUACGUACAGGUGGAGCAAUUGGCAUUUUUUAGUAGCUUAACUGUAUUCUCUUCUCUUUGUGUUAGCCCCAUUUUCUAGUCUUUACUCCAACAGACUCCCCAUAACAGCCUCCAAAUGCAAAGGAACAGAGUAAAAUUGAACAGGGAACGUUGCAGAGCGUAGAGCUUCCUAACCCUAGAAUUUGAGAGUCUUACAGGUGAUGAUAAGACUCAGAAUGUAGCUUUAAAAGAUAAAUCUUUUAUUUAGUUAAGAAUUAAAUUUAUUUAUUUUAGAUUUAUUUAUCUGUGUAAAGAAAUAUGGUAUUUUGGUUUUCUGAUAAAGGGGAUCAAAGUAAUGCUUUUUAUCUCAAUUCUCUAGGCUGGUAUAAGCUAUAGCUUCAGGUUCUUUAGCAGUGUGGAAAUGUGCUUACGAAUAUGCUUAUCUUUAGAACGAUCAUGGCUUUGUUUAAAUAUUUAGAACAACCUUGUGCACUGUGAGUGGACUUUGUAUUAUUUUUUAAAACCUUCAUACUACAUGUAGAUGUUACUGCAAUUUAUCUUUUGCCUGUGCUUGAUCUAAGGUUGUUUGUGUAGAUUAGUAAUUAAAGAUAUUAUCUGAAGAGAG